AUGGUUUCAUUUCGAGAAAGUUUCUUCCGUUUAAAAAAAACAAGGGAUGUGAUGGAAACACGAUUGAAACGAUGCUUAACAAUAACCGAUAUUACCCUUCUCGGUAUUGGUCAUAUGAUCGGAGCCGGUAUAUAUGUUUUGACCGGUUCUGUGGUUCGUAAUAUCGCAGGACCUUCAAUUGUGAUAUCGUUUGCGCUUGCUGGACUUGCAUCUCUCCUCUCCGCAUUAUGUUAUGCGGAAUUUGGCGCAAGAUUUCCAAAAGCUGGAAGUGCUUACACAUAUGUGUAUAUUAGUGUUGGUGAGCUAUGGGCAUUUAUUGUUGGAUGGAAUGUCAUUCUUGAGCAUAUGCUUGGUGCUGCAGCAGUAGCUCGUUCAUGGUCCGGCUAUUUAUCAUCUCUAUUUGGCAACUCUCUCAAAAAUUCAACCAUUGUUACUAUUGGACAUUUUGAUGAAUCAUUUUUUGCCGAUUCUCCAGAUCUGAUAGCAUUUUUGAUAGUGAUAGCAGUUGCAGUAUUUACUGGUCUCGGGUCGAAAACAUCAACUAAUUUCAAUUCUUUAUUCACAGUAAUCAAUAUGCUGGUGAUAGUAUUUGUGGUUUGUUAUGGGUUUACAUUCGCAGAUUUUACAUUUUGGUCUAUUAAUGAAAUUGAUACCACUGGUCGAUCAUCAUUCUUUCCGUACGGUAUUGGUGGUACAUUUGCUGGAGCUGCAAGUUGUUUUUUUGCUUAUAUUGGCUUUGAUGGUUUAGCAACUGCUGGUGAAGAAGCUUCUGAUCCAGCUCGAACAAUACCAUUAGCAACGUUUAUUUCGAUGUUUAUCGUAACAAUUGCUUACAUUCUUAUGGCUUCAUCAUUAACAUUAAUGAUUCCAUUUUGGGAAAUAAAUCCUACAGCAGCAUUUUCGGACGCAUUUGCAAGUCGUGGUGCAACUUGGGCGAAAUAUAUUGUUUCAGUUGGAGCUAUGUCAGGCAUGACUACAAGUUUGAUUGGAUCAAUGUUUGCUCUUCCGCGAUGUGUUUAUGCAAUGGCUGAUGAUGGUUUGAUAUUCAAAACUUUUGGACAAAUUAAUGAUAAAACUCAGGUACCACUGAAAGCAGUGAUUGUUUUUAGUGCUAUUACUUCAGUAAUAGCAUUUCUAUUUGAUAUUGAAACUUUGGUGGAGUUUCUAUCAAUCGGUACACUUUUAGCUUAUACGAUUGUUUCCGCCUGCGUUAUCGUUCUUCGAUAUCGUCCAACUCUCAAUGAUGAUAAUAUUAUUGAAGGAAAUGGAGGUCGAAUAAAAUGCUGGAUGCCGGGAUAUCGUUGGUUUAACAUUUUAAAACCAGGACAACUUGUACUAAGGUGUGUUUUCAUGAUGGCAUUUGCUGAUGCUGGUAUAAGCAUUGUUUUUGCUACAACAUUUGCUCACACUCUAUUUGGUUGGAUACUUAUAUUUGCUUUUGGAACGAUCGUUGCAACUGCAUUCAUUUUAAUCUGUGCACAUCAUCAAAAUGAUGAGCAAAUUUCAUUCAAGGUACCAUUAGUCCCUCUGAUACCAGCGAUAAGCGUGCUUGUCAAUAUUUUUCUGAUGUUCCAUUUGGCACCGGUAACUUGGAUCCGACUUGCCAUUUGGCUAGUUGUCGGACUUACGAUUUACGGUUUCUACGGUAUUACAUAUAGUCGUGAAGCGCAACCGGAUUCUGAAUUAAUCACUGAAAGCAUCACAUAUGAAAGUAUAGCCACUGUCUCACUGCCGCAGGAGUAA